GCGGGCCCAGCUGUGGGGCUCUCUCUCCAGAAUCACGGGGCCCGUUCCUCGCGAACGGUCCCAACUCGCCUCGGAUACCUGCCACCAGGUGUCUCCACGAGCAGUGCCCAGCAGCGAGAGGCAGGAGCAGUCGUCGAGGCGCCUCCGCACCGCCAGCAUCGCACGCGUUUCUUCUCUUUCACGUUUCCCCGUUCGUCCGGUUUGUCGCGAGCAUCCCUCGACGGAUUCCGCGCGUUCCACCCGCGAAACGUUCGACCGUGAUGGCCCAGUCGGCCAACCCUCACCCAGCGAUCGGUCAGUGAACGAGAUCGUAACCGUUUUCGGCGUAACCUUCGAGUGACACGCCGCCGCGACGAAAGACCAGCAGCAGCAGCCCACCCUCGCCAAUGGUGCCAACAACACGCCAGCAACCCCUGAGCCUGACCCGGGACGAUACCAGCGACGGGGAAGGAUGCAACAGCAACAGCAGGACCAGGACCAGGACCGGGGAAUCGUAAUGGUCCCGUCGUCCUCUGCGACGUCCUCGUCGGCCAGCAGCGGCGAGCUACGGGACGUCGCCAGUGUCACGGACGCCGGUCUACCCAAUUUCACCCUGCAGAGCGUGGCCCUGGGCUUGCAAGGUGCCCUCCUCGCGGCCCUGCAGAGGGCUGCCUUGCUUCCACCGGGACACGCCGCCGCGGCUGCUCUGAAUCUUCAAGCUCUGGAGACCUAUUUGACGCUUCAUCGUCUGCACGCCAGCAGUACCGCGCCCGGUGUUAAUCAAACCGCCGCCACCGGUUUGUCCGUUAAUCAGAGGUGUUCCCCGAUAAACGCUGGCCUGGAAGACGCGCUGUCGUCCACCACACCGUCCAAGGCCGAUCAGCUCGCGGCGGAGAGGCUCCUCGAGUCCGCCAAGGACGAGGACGAAGGUAGAUUGGAGUUCAUCGAGGAUCCCGAAGAGAACUUGGCUCUAUUGGAGGAACAGGAAGUCCUCCUACGAGAUACAACCGUGGUGACGUCCUCCGCGAACCAGGAGACUCUGCUGCGACGGAUAUCCGAAGGGAAUCGCGCGAACGCCACCGCAACGACCGCGCAGAUCGCUCCGUCGUUCACGUCGCCUGCCUCCUCCUCGGCCUGUUCUUCGUCCUCGUCGUCGUCGUUGUCCUCGUCGUCGCCGCUACAGGCAGCGAGCACAUCCGUCGAAUCCAGCUUACCGAGGACCUGCAGGGCGUCGAGGCCUAAGAAGCAAUUUAUCUGUAAGUUCUGCAGCCGACAGUUCACCAAGAGCUACAAUCUGUUAAUUCACGAGAGAACCCACACGGACGAGAGACCGUAUUCCUGCGACAUUUGCGGCAAGGCCUUCCGACGGCAGGAUCACCUGAGGGACCACAGGUACAUCCACAGCAAGGAGAAGCCGUUCAAAUGCGCCGAGUGCGGCAAAGGAUUCUGCCAGAGCAGGACCCUGGCGGUGCACAAGAUCCUCCACAUGGAGGAGUCCCCGCACAAGUGUCCCGUCUGCGCCAGAAGCUUCAACCAGAGGAGCAACCUGAAGACCCAUCUCCUGACCCACACGGACAUCAAGCCGUACCAUUGCGCCUCCUGCGGCAAGGUCUUCCGCAGGAACUGCGACCUGAGGAGGCAUUCCUUGACUCAUAAUUUGGGCGUAUCGACGUCCCCGCCGCCGCCAGGGAUCCCUGUACCUGGCUCGAGUAACGUUGUGCUCCAGGAGACCUCCUAGUGCCCCGUGAAUCCCCUCGAAAACACCGAGCCAGCUCGAGCAAAAUUUAUUCGACGCGUCCUCGGAGUCCCUCGACUCUGAGACGCCAUGGACGUCGUUUGUUCGUUUUUCGACACGAUUCUGGUGCGUUCGAAGGACACUUCCGAGACUCGUUCGGGUGAAAAUGGAGGUUAAACGGUGUCGAGGACGCGGACGGAUCCUUCUCAUCGAUCUCCAGGACGAAAGAAAAUCCAAGUUUCGCGAGAUUCGAGAUCGAAACGGACCUUGUCGAUUCUCGGUGUACUUCGGCCCUGAUUUUUAGUGUAACCACCUGCGAACGUAUCUAUAACUGUUAAUAUUAGAUUACGAUUACGAUUGUAUAUGAAGUUUAGUUGCGACUUCAGGCGGAGUUAGAUCUGUAAUUAUGUUACGCACGACGUAUUAUAUGUAUAGGCAUCCGGAGUAGGACGUAAAGAGAAUCGUUUCACGUAUGCACUGUGUGUACCUAGGCGGUGUGUUUCGUUUGUACGUGUAAAAUAAACAUUUAUUAU